AUGUCUGGUGUUACUGUUAGAGACGUUCCUGCCCAGGAGUUCAUUGAUUCAUACGCCCAGUUCUUGCAGAGACAGGGUAAGUUAGAGGUUCCAGCCUACGUUGAGUUGGUGAAAACCAGUAGUGGUAAUGAAAUGCCACCACAAGAUGCUGAGGGAUGGUUUUACAAGAGAGCUGCUUCCGUUGCUAGACACAUCUACUUGAGAAAGAAUGUUGGUGUUGGUAAGUUGAACAAGCUUUACGGAAAUGCCGGUAACAGAGGUUCAAGACCAAACAAGCACGUUGAUGCUUCCGGAUCUGUUAACAGAAAGGUUGUUCAGUCUUUGGAGAAGCUUGGAAUCUUGGAGAUUUCUCCAAAGGGAGGAAGAAAGAUUUCCGAAAACGGACAGAGAGAUUUGGACCGUAUUGCUGCUCAGACCAAGGAGGCUCUUGAGGAGGAUGAUGAUGAUGAGGAGGAGGAAGAGGAAGACGAGGAGUAA